UGAAAUUUUCCUUGUCAAGAUCUGACUUUAUUUUCCCUUUAAGUGAAAGACAGGAGGGCCGGUGGAGGCCUAUUGGCUGUUGCGCUUUCAAGUUUGUUGCAAUACUUUCUUUGGUUGGUGGGGAAAUAGUUAGAGGAGAAAGAGGAGGGCCAGUCUCUUCCCAUUUGAGAUCUGCCGCUUUGCUUACAGGGGAUUAGUUCGAGGAAUGUUAAGGAGAUGGGGAAGAAAGGUUGGUUUUCUUCAGUAAAGAAAGCUCUGAGCCCUGAUUCUAAGAAGAAAGAGGAGAGAUCAGAUAAAUCAAAAAAGAAAUGGUUUGGGAAACAAAAGUACCCGGAGUUUGAAUCUACUUCUUAUCAACCGUCCAUUAUAUUGCCACCUCUUCCACCACGAGAAGAGGUGAAAUUAACCACUGUGGAGAAUGAGCAGAACAAUGAUGCUUACUCUGUUCCAGUCACCACCACAGUCACCCCUACCGCAGUGGCUGAGGCUGCAGUUUCCGUGGCUCCUCCGACUCAAGCUGUUGCAGAGGUUGUAAGACUCCCUACAACCACUCAGUAUGCUGGAAAAUCAAGGGAGGAAGUGGCAGCAAUCAAGAUUCAAACAGCAUUUCGAGGAUACCUGGCAAGAAGGGCGUUGAGGGCGUUAAGAGGGCUUGUUAGGCUGAAAUCAUUGAUAGAGGGAUCUGUUGUGAAACGGCAAGCCACAAAUACCCUCCGAUGCAUGCAGACUCUAUCUCGUGUGCAGUCUCAGAUACGUUCCAGGAGGAUUAGGAUGUUAGAAGAGAAUCAGGCUCUGCAAAGGCAACUCCUACUAAAACAUGCAAAAGAGCUUGAGACUUUGCGGCUUGGGGAUGAAUGGGAUGAUAGCAUACAGUCGAAGGAGCAAGUUGAAGCAAACCUAUUAAGCAAACAUGAGGCAGCAAUGAGAAGGGAAAGAGCACUCGCUUAUGCAUUCUCUCAUCAGAAAAAUGGGAAGAAUACUACAAAAUCUGUAAACCCAAUGUUCAUGGAUCCAAGCAAUCCCACAUGGGGUUGGAGCUGGUUGGAAAGGUGGAUGGCUGCCCGGCCUUGGGAGAGUCGUGGCAUGACAGAUAAAGACAUGCAGGAUGAGCAUGCAUCUGUAAAGAGUGCAAGUCGCGGCAUUUCUGCUGGAGAAAUUAACAAGUCCUAUGCCCGCUACCUCCUCAAUUCCGACAAGCAAUCCCCAACAGCCAGUGAAAAGCCAAGCCAUCCUGGAUUUCGGUCCCCUUCAACUCCUUCUAGGCCAGCUUCGAAAGUAGCUCGAAAAUUAAAGCCAGCAGCAAGCCCAAGGGGUAGUAGGGUCCCGGAUGAUGACAUGAAAAGCAUGGUCAGUGUGCAAUCAACUCAGUUUAGGAGGCACAGCAUUGCUGGCUCCUCUGUGAGGGAUGACGAAAGCCUAGAUAGUUCUCCAGCAGUUCCGAGUUACAUGGUACCAACGAAAUCCGCAAGAGCUAAGUCCAGGCUGCAGAGCCCAGCAGAGAAGAAUGGGAUCACUGAGAAGGACUUGCCGCCUGAGUCAGCUAAGAAACGGCUGUCAUUCCCAGCCUCCCCCGCUCGACCAAGGCGGCAUUCUGGUCCACCAAGGGUUGACAGCAGUAUAAUCACAGCAAACAAAGUGACCGAUAUUGGAGUCGAAAGCUAAUUAUUUCCAGCACAGAAAGAAGAGUGGAAGAAAAGCUGUUUCAUGGACCAAAAGGGAAAGAAAUAAAGGUUUAUUCCAUCGGUGAAUUGUUUGAUUUCUUAAUUAAUACUUCCUCAAAAGUUGUUGGUGUGGGGUAAAAUUACUCCCAGGAGUUUGCUUAUGCUGCAAGCUAUGGGCAUUUGUUGUUAUUUUUUCAAAUUUGUUUAUUUGUAUCUGAUAUAAUUACACCUCUUAUCUGGGUCCUUGCCAUUGUCAGAACCCAAUUCUUAGAAGACGAAGACUAAUAGUGUUCUGUUGAAUUUCUUGUUUCCUCGGAUUGGUGAUUAUAAAAUAUAUGUAUAUGUAUUUAAUUUAUGGAUUAUUGUUUCA